CCCGUCCCCACCGGGGCUCGCGGCCGCCUGACUUCCGGCGGCGACGCGACGCGCAGGAGCGUUCCCGCUUCCUCCCCUUCAACGCGCUCGGGCCGAGAGGAGCGACCGGGCCGCGGCCAUGAGCGAGGCAGAAGUGAAUCCCAAAGCUUACCCCCUGGCUGAUGCACAGCUCACCAAAACGCUACUGGAUCUUGUGCAGCAAUCCUGCAACUACAAGCAGCUGCGCAAGGGAGCCAACGAAGCCACCAAAACGUUGAACCGAGGGAUAGCAGAGUUCAUUGUGAUGGCAGCAGAUGCAGAGCCCUUGGAGAUCAUCCUGCACCUCCCUCUUCUCUGUGAGGACAAGAAUGUACCUUAUGUGUUUGUGCGCUCCAAGCAAGCCCUGGGCCGGGCAUGUGGUGUUUCCCGGCCUGUUAUCGCCUGCUCCAUCACCAUCAAGGAGGGAUCUCAGCUAAAGCCUCAGAUCCAGUCUGUCCAGCAAGCUAUAGAAAGACUGUUGGUCUAAAUGCCCAUGAGUUUAAGUGUGUGUGGAAUAGGAAAGCUGAGGUCAGGGGGAAUUAAUGUUUAGCUUCAGUUGAGAUUAUAGUUUUGAUAUCAGUGUUCCAUUUCAAAACACCACAUUUUUGUUCAAUAGUGGCUUAAUUCUUAGUUUUUCUGCCUCUCCUCCCCCUUUUCUAUUAUUCCACUCCAACACAUUAACUCUCAUUGUAUUACUUCAUGAAAAGUGAUUGUACAAUUGUUUCCUGUUUUAUGUUUAAAAGAAAGAAAAAAAAUCAUCCCCUCUUAUCCAUGUCUGCCUGCUCAGGGCUUUUUUAACACACCAUUAGCUUACUCUGCGUUGCAGUAUUUCUGCUAAGCUUCAGCCUCUAACAGGUGUGAGUAACUCUGAGUUUCUGAAUGGUUAAGUUUACUGAGGAUAAGUUGUGUCGAUUCCCUGCACCGUGUGUGUGGGGGGGCUGCUGGAGUCAUUGCUUUAAGUGAUGGAGCAGCAUAGACCUCUCAUAAGGCAGGCAGCAGCUACUGUGUAGCAGCGGAUGAAGCCAAGAUCAGUGCACAGAGCACAACCCUUUUUCUUCUUGAAACCACACAACAGACUUCUGUCAGGUGUACGGGGAGCAGAACUCUUACGGCAGUGCACAAGGGCAAAUCUCCUAUCUCACUCAUUUUGAAAUACUGACCUUUUAAGAAAAAUAAAAUUGCUGACAAAGCAAAAUAUAA